AUGUUGAGUCCCGCCACGCCAUGGACAGCAUGCGAGCUUGGAGAGAAGUUGCGUGGCAGUGGCACUGCAAGCACUGCCAGCGCUUCACUCGGUGUGGCUGCUCCUCCAGUUUGGGGGCCAGCCGUUUGCACGCAGCGAUCAAGCUGGCAAAGCCGCCUGCACGUCCUGCAAACUGCUCCCGUCGUCCUGGUUGCGUGGCAGUGGCGCAGGUCUCGCCUAGCAAGACGGGCCAAUGCAGUGCCUUCCAAAGGAAGCAUGAAGCCUGUCGUCAACUGGCACCGUGUUCGGCUGCUGGUCUUAGGAGCCUCAGCCUGUUUUGCCAUCUACCGGCUGGCCAAAUGGGGAUCAGCUCAACCUCUGGACACCUUCACCGACAGGGCACGUGCGUAUCACGGCGUCUGCGGAUCUUUAGCCGCUGACCUGGCCUUUUCAUCCGUCGCGUUCAUUGCCUUUGCUGUCUGCGCCGGUACAGAAACUGCAAUCACCACUUUGUGGCCUUGGAAAGUCCGGGAGUAUGCUCAGCGCGAGUACGAGAAGGCGGAGCAGAAGGUGAAGGAGAGUCGUGAAGGUGGCGGUCCUGAGAUCGAUGCCAAGGCGCAGCUUGGCAAAUGGACUGCCUUGAGGGAGGACAUUCAGCGAUUCAUGCAGACUAUCCUCAUUGGGGCUACGUUGGCCGGCGUCGUAAGCACUGCCUUCAUCACAGAAAUCUGCGGACAGCUGUUUGGGCCUCGUGGGCUGGGAAUCGCCACCGUGUCAGUGACUUUGGUGCAGCUGACGUUGGGGGAGAUCCUGCCGAAGAGCAUGGCAGUUUCAAAUCCGUACAACUUCGCACAAGCUACGCUGCCAGUCUUCUACAGGAUUUCGACCGUCGUUUACCCGGUCAGCAAGAUCCUGAAUGAGGCCAUGUCGCUCCUGCUCGCCAUGUGCGGAGUACCGGUUGACACCAAGAAGACCCCGUACGUUUCAGAGGAGGAGCUCGAUCUGGUCUUCCGGUCCGCGAUGCAAAGCGGAAUUGUGGACGCGGAGGAGGGUGAGAUGAUUCGAAGCGUCCGCAACCUGGACAGCAAGCGAAUCAAGGAGAUCAUGACACCACUGGUCGACAUGAUCUGCAUCGAGUCCCACGAGCCCAUUUCCAAACUUCAUAAUGUCAUCAAGGAGACACAGUUCAGCAGAAUUCCUGUGUAUGAAGUCCGCUUUGAUAACAUCGUCGGCGUGGUGAGUAUGAAGACAUUGUUGAAGAACGCCAAUUGUUUGGAAGACUUUGUCAGCGACAACACAAAGAAAGUGCAAGAGAUCUGUGAUGUACCCGUCUUCGUGCCCGAGACGAUGUCACUGAUCUCAGCCUUGCGUUUGCUUAAAGAGCGGACACUGGCGAUCUGCGUGGAUGAGUAUGGGGGAACUACCGGGCUGAUUACUUUGGAAGACGUUUUGGAAGAGAUUGUUGGUGAGAUAUACGAUCCGGAUGAGGAAAAGGACAGGGUCGAGAAGCAACAGAACAGCGCCAAAAUCCAAGUGCUGGGCCCUGAUCACUUCUCCAUGAGUGGACUGGCUGAGAAAGGCGAUGUGGAGGAGAUCCUCGGAAUAAAGAUGCCAGAGGGCGACUACAACUCAAUCGGAGGAUUCAUGUGCAUGACCAUUGACCGAAUUCCUGUAAUUGGGGAAGUUGUAAUGGUGGAGACAGCAGCGGAAAGGAUCCGCUUCGAGGUUGCAAGCGUGGAUGACCGCAGGGUUCUCUCAGUUGAAGCUUUCCGGAGUGGAAAAGAUGGCAAGAGCGACGAGGAGGCUGAGGAUGACGCGCAGGAGACAGAGAAGAACCAAGUGAUCUUUAUUGAGGUGGAGGACAUGGAGGCGGAGUCAGAUGUAUUGUCGUCAGACGCACCAGUGGUGGAGCUGCUUGCGGAGGAGAGGGCGGAGUCAGAGGUUGGGUCGUCAGCUGCGUCGGUGGUGGAGCUCGAGCUUGUGGAGGACAUGGCCUCCAAGGCAUCUUCAGAGGCACCUGUUGAAAAGGGGACUUUGAAGAAAGUCGCGAAAGAGGCGAAGGCGAAGGACAGCCCAAAGGUGUUAAAGCAGCCUGACCCGGAGUCCCAGUCUCAGACUGGGACUCCAAAGCUAUCCCCUGAACCCACCAAGAAGGAUACCGACCGCGGCAAAGGCCUGCCGGAUGCAAAGCCGUCCGAUGAGGCUGGAGAUAGCUCAAGUCGGCCUGCAGGGGCAGGGAAGCCCGUGGGGAAGCCCCUGUCGGGCACAGAGACACGUGUGGAUGGGAAAGAAAAGGAUGCAAAGGACGCAAAGGCCAAGCCAGAGCCGGAGGCAGAGCUGCCGAGUGAGCCGCCUAAAGAGGCAGGCAAGGGCUCUAAGGGCGGGACAUCAUCGGUUUAA